AGAGGGGUGAGAGAGAUGGAAAAAAAAAACGCAAAGCGCCAACUGUAAACAGAAUGAGAAAACCAAAGCAUUCCAUACCUACAACAGCAACAAAAAUGGGUUGGGUUACUAGAGAUUGUAGGAAGAACAGGACAAGAUAAGACAGAAUACAGGAUUGCGAACCCGACAAUACAACUGGAAUGUGGUCGGACUGACUCAUUUUCCAUCCAUCCAUUUUCCUUGGCGCUUAUCCUUUUUUUAAAAAAAAUGUGCCCUGCGAUUGGCUGGCAACCAGUUCAGGAUGUACCCCGCCUGAUGCACGCAGAUAGCCGCGAUAGGUCCCAGUACACCCGUUACCCUUGUGAGGAUAAGCGACUCAGAAAACGAAUGGAUGAAAUAUGCUGUUGUGCCAUUUCUUUCACAUUGCGUCACCGGUGUGUUCUUCCAUCAUAGGUGGCCACUUUAUUUGAAAGGUGUUUUUUUUUUAUCCCGUACAACAACCUUUGGAAGCGUUCGCGUAUAUAGCUAAGACAAAAACUAACUUUCUUCGACAUACGAGCGUCGACUUUAAUAAUUACCCACAGUCGGUCAGGGCGUGCUACUAUCACGACGCUAGUGAGGUACUUCCGUAUUUAUGUCACGUGGGUGGUCUCCCACAAUGCAACUGUGUGUUACUCCCUCCUCUCGUUGACAUGCACACGACAGAGCAGUAAAAGGGCUCUCUUUCACUUCAAAAUGGAUCCACAAUAUGAAUACCGCCUUUUACGCCAAAUCAACCAUCAAAAUGGCAACCGAAGCCCGACUAAAACGGCACCUCCUGCUGCUUCCCCGGUAACAUCACCCAAUAAACUCGGAGACAGAUUCAUUCCCACUCGAGCGGCGGCCAACUGGGACGUCAACUUCCACAGGCUCAGUGAAAAUGAAAAGUCAGCCAAUCAAAACAGGAAAGCCAAGGAACCAUCUUCUGAUAUUGUUAAAGCAGAUGGUUUGACGUACUCUGCUCUGCUGAAGAAUGAGCUCCUGGGAGCAGGAAUAGAGAGGAUCCACGACCCUCAGACAGAAGACAGCCAUUUGCAGCUAUUGACACCUGAAAAGAGGAGACUCUUCAAUUACUCACUUGAGCUUAAAAGAAGCUCACCGGCCAAUGAAACCAACCUCUCUCCAUACUCAUUGUCACCCGUCAGUAACAAAAGUCAGAAACUAUUGCGAUCACCUAGAAAGCCGACCAGAAAGAUUCCCAAGAUCCCCUUCAAAGUCUUGGAUGCACCAGAGCUGCAGGAUGACUUUUACCUGAAUUUGGUGGACUGGUCGUCUCUCAAUGUGCUCAGCGUGGGCUUGGGAACAUGCGUUUACUUGUGGAGUGCCUGUACCAGCCAGGUAACAAGGCUGUGCGAUCUAUCCGUGGAAGGGGACUCGGUCACAUCAGUCGGCUGGUCUGAGAGGGGCAACCUGGUCGCAGUCGGAACUCAGAAAGGCUACGUUCAGAUCUGGGAUGCUGGCGGCGGAAAGAAACUCUCCACCCUGGAAGGACACUCGGCCAGAGUCGGUGCGCUAGCAUGGAAUGCUGACCAGCUCUCCUCUGGCAGCCGUGAUCGUAUGAUUUUUCAGAGGGACAUCCGAACUCCUCCGCUCCAGUCGGAGCGACGGUUGCAGGGACACAGGCAGGAAGUGUGUGGCUUGAAGUGGAGCACCGACCAUCAGCUGCUUGCUUCUGGAGGCAACGACAACAAGUUGUUAGUCUGGAAUCACUCCGCGCUGAGCCCUGUGCAGGCUUACACAAAUCACCUGGCUGCAGUAAAGGCCAUCGCCUGGUCUCCACACCAGCAUGGCCUGCUGGCCUCCGGGGGCGGCACGGCUGACCGCUGUAUUCGCUUCUGGAAUACGCUGACGUCGCAGCCGUUGCAGUGUGUGGACACGGGCUCACAGGUGUGCAACCUGGCUUGGUCCAAGCACACAAAUGAGCUCGUGAGCACUCACGGCUACUCUCAAAACCAAAUCCUGUUGUGGAAAUAUCCAGCGCUCACUCAAGUGGCCAAACUCACAGGGCAUUCUUACAGAGUUCUCUACCUGGCUAUGUCCCCGGACGGAGAAGCAAUUGUAACAGGAGCUGGAGAUGAGACGCUCCGCUUUUGGAACGUCUUCAGUAAAACGAGAUCCACAAAAGAAUCUGUGUCAGUGCUUAACCUGUUUACCAGGAUUCGGUGACAUUGUACAACAAUAAAAAAAAAAUUAUGCCACGUUUCUGCAACUUAAUGACUUCAUUCCUGCAAUGUAGGUUUGGAAGUACUUUAACAUAGGCCAUGUAUCAUAACGAAAGGCUUACUUUUUUAUUUAAAAAAUGUGUAAUAGUGUUAUGGGCAGCAUGGUGGAGCAGAUGUAGAGCAUUGCCCUCACAGAUCUGAGGACUGGGGUUCAAAUCGCAGCCCCGCCAGUGUGAAAUUUGCAUGUUCUCCCCGUGCCUGCGUGGGUUUUCUCCGGGCACUCCGGUUUCCUCCCACAUCCCAAAAACAUGCAACAUUGAUUAGAUAAUCUAAAUUGUCCCUCGGUGUGAUUGUGAGUACGACUGUUGUCUGUCUCCAUGUGCCCUGCGAUUAGCUGGCAACCAGUUCAGGGUGUACCUUGCCUCCUGCUCGAUGACAGCUGGGAUUGGCUCCAGCACUCCCCGUGACCCUUGUGAGGAUAAGUGGCUCAGAAAAUGGAUGGAUAAUGGUGUCAUGUUGUCAUUUGAUUAAAUUGUGAAAACAUUUUCAUCAUUGUCAAUUAAGGAGAGGACCUUUUGAUUUUGCUCACGCAGGUCUAAUUUAUUUAACGCACAUGAAAUAUGACAGUAUCACUUACCUCGGUUUCUGCAGUUUAAGCAUUGUUUGCCGAGAUCCUGAAAUCUGGGUUCAGUUUGUCUA